CUUUGGUCUACCAUCACUCGACGAGACGUAUGGCCAUCGAACGCGCGCUCGUGUCAUGCGAUGAGAUCAAUCGCCCGUCUAUCUUCCAUUCUCUCCCACCUAACCCCGAAGCCCAACGGCAACGGCACCUUUGGAUCAGCCGUUCAGCAGACGCGAAGCAUCAUGUCUUCAGGAAAGCCAAACGCUUCAGGGUUGAAGCCUGAGCUCAGCCGCAGCUUGCCUACACGAUCGCCUACAGACGAUGAGAAGCCGGUGCUGCAAGCCUUGCGAGACCUCUACAGUUGCGAUCCGCGCAGCUCCUCGUACGCUCAAUACAGCGAGUCUGCGACAUUUCACGAUCCGGUCAGCAUAGCGUCUGGCCUGCCCAAGAUCAGAGCGCAAUUCAACGCCCUCGUCGCUCUCUUUCCCCGUUCCAACAUCGACAAGUUCAACGUGCUGGAUACCAGCGCAGCUAGCACCACCACCACCACCACCACCACCGUCAAGAGCGAUCUGCUCCUCGUCGAUCAGGAUGUGACGUACUAUCGAUCGAACGAGGAUGGAGCUGAGCCGUUCAAGACGAUGAACAGCCUGCUGACCAUCGAGCGCGAUGCGCAAGGCCGCAUCACGAGACACACGGAGGAGUGGAAUCACAAUCCCGUCACCGACUCGGACAAUUCGGGCUUCGGAGGUGCGCUCAACGAGGCCAGGAAAAAGGCGUUUGCGGCCAUCAGCAUGCCUUUUGUCGAUCAGACACCGCCGGCCGAGAGAAAGUGAAGGGGGGCGGGCGGGCGCAUCCAAGCUGCUCCUGCUGUGGCUGACAAGCGAUGCUCGCAACGGUACUCAGAGGCUUUGCUGUCCCAUCGAUGCUGUCCAACUUCG